AUGUUUGACACCUAUCAGCGUGAAAUUGCGGACGAGAGUUACGUCGCCUUGACCCAAAAGGCGAAAGGAUUUUCUGUCCUACCAUGUGAUCUAGAAAAUCUCGCAAAUGCAGUAAAGUUUAUAAUGAAAGUUUGUGAAGAGGCUGGACUGUACUGCGAGCUUGAUGACGGAUCGGUAUUAGGUGCUGUAAAAUUCGGUAAGGUAUUGCCAUGGGAGAAAGAUGCUGACAUCAGAUUUCUCUUAGAGAACUAUAUAGCAUUUCUGACGCUCCGUUCUCAAUUUGAAGCGGCGGGUUUUAGGUUCAUAGAAGUAAACGGACCAGAGUGUUGUGCAGACGGCAGAAAGACUGGAGGAAAGAUCUUCACUCAUAGAAACUAUUGGAGAAUUGAGCUGCACGGCAUAGGUACAAUGGAGUCUCAGUUACUCGUUGCAAAAGGUCUGCGGCCAACAAAAAUCAUGUUUGCUGGUCUGUGGGUGACUACCAUGCAAAAUCCAGGACUUUUUUCGCGUAAUCGUUAUGGGCCUAACAUUUAUCAGCAUGCGCAGCACUGGAAUGACAUUAUGGCCUUCAAGGGCCCAUGGGGUCGUUAUCAUCCGGGUGUCUUCUCCAAAUGUCCAAUCCCUGGACACUCAGGAUGUCUUGACCAGUUCUCUGCGGAUGGUAAUUUGCAGUUUAGUGAAGAUCUCUAA